UAAGUUCCCUUUUUCAAGGAGCCCUGAAUUGGUGGAAAGAUCUAAACUUGCCUUAAUACUUCCUCAGAUGUAACAAUUAAAACUGUUUUCUUGAUCCCAGAUUUUCCACCCCAGAAACCCUUGUACUGCUUUUGAACCACACUCACCUUUACUGGAAAUUUGACAAUUAUUGACUGUUUUCAUACAGUUUCUUGUAGUAGACUGUAGCAUUAGUCUUAAAAAACCCUCCUGUCAUGCCAGGCAGGCAAUAGGGUUGAGUGAACUGCACUAUAGCAAGAACCACCCAUGACUGGAGGUAAACUAUGCGGAUAUAUGUUGGGGUGGAGGUUGAAAGGAGCGUGGAGGGCAUAUUUGAAGCAGACUGUGCAACUGCUAUAGCAGGUCUGACUAGUUUGAGAUGCCUAAAGGCAGCUUUGUCUUAACUUCAGGUAGCUGCACAAUGAAGUUUUAAGUCCUAGUUCAGAAACACAUCAUCAUCAUCUUCCGGUGCUUCCACAAACUUUACUUUUCAUGUGUUUUUACAGGUGCUCUUUCUCCCUUGGAAAAAAGGCUUUAGUAGAUAUAUGUUGGGGAAAGGAGGAAAGCGGAAAUUUGACGAGCAUGAAGAUGGGUUGGAAGGCAAAGUGGUGUCUCCCACUGACGGUCCCUCUAAGGUGUCUUACACCUUACAGCGUCAGACUAUCUUCAACAUUUCCCUUAUGAAACUUUAUAACCACAGGCCAUUAACCGAGCCAAGCUUGCAAAAGACAGUUUUAAUUAACAACAUGUUGAGGCGAAUCCAGGAAGAACUCAAACAAGAAGGCAGCUUGAGGCCCAUGUUUGUGGCCACUUCGCAGCCUGCCGACCCUCUCAGUGACAACUUCCGUGAGGCGCAGCCGGCGUUCAGCCACCUGGCCUCGCCGCCCCUGCUCCCCGCCGACUUUGUAAGCACUAUGCCCCUGGAGUCCUGCCUCACCCCAGCCUCUUUGCUCGAGGACGACACUUUUUGCACUUCCCCGGCUGUCCAGCACGAUGGUCCAACGAAGCCACCACCUCCUGCUCUCCAACCAGUAAAGGACAGCUUCUCCUCAGCCUUGGACGAAAUCGAGGAGCUUUGUCCAGCACCUACCUCCGCAGAGGCAGUAGCAGCUGAAUCAGCAGCCGAUGAGUCUAAAAUCCAGCCCAGCGAGUCCAAUAUUCACAAGCCUGAGGGUCUCCCAGAGAGCAGAACGGCUGAAUCCAAACUCAUGGACCCCCUGCCUGGCAACUUUGAGAUAACAGCUUCCACAGGUUUCCUCACAGACUUGACCCUGGAUGACAUUCUGUUCGCUGACAUUGAUACGUCCAUGUAUGAUUUUGACCCCUGCACGUCUGCCACAGGGCCUUCCUCAAAAAUGGCUCCUGUCUCAGCAGAUGAGCUCCUAAAAACUCUUGCUCCGUACAGCAGUCAACCAGUAACUCCAAAUCAGCCUUUCAAAAUGGAUCUCACAGAACUGGAUCACAUCAUGGAGGUGCUUGUUGGGUCUUAAAAAUAUUAGAAAUAUAGCAACUUUUUUUUGGUUGGGUUUGUUUUUGUUUGUUGUUUUUUUUUUCUUAAUUUUAAGUACCAGUAUAUACACUUGGUAGUAUUUCCAUAGUCCCUUCCAGCCCCGAUUCACAGCACUGUGCAUGCAUCCUUGCUUGCCUUUUUUGAAAAGAAAAGGAUCACACUAGUUUUUGCUUCGAGCAGAGUUGGAGUGCCUUCAUCCAUGUAUGACCACUUCUAAUGUAUUUUUUUUAAAGUGGUUCCUCAAGGAAGACCGAAUAUCCUGGUAUAGGAAAGUAUAUGUAUUGUAGACAAUGUUAUGUUAUUACAAAAAAAAAAAAAAAAAAAAAAAAAAAAAGGAAAAGUUUUAAAAAAUGGUAAAAGCUAAGCACAAGGAUUAUGGAUUAUGUUGGGGAAAGCUGUAAAUUGCAUGUGCAUACUUGUCUAUUUUUUCUAUAAGUUUUAUUGCAAGAGGUAAAAAAUUUUAUUAUUUAGAUAAUCUCAAUACCAUUUUAGCCCUGUAUAGGUUGACUUUAGCAAUUCAGCCUUUUGGAGGCAUUACCUGCUCCUCUUUAAGUGUUGCAUUUACAUGGCUGUUUAGAAACUGCUGCCCAAAUUUAUUUUAUAUUUUUGUACAGAUUCUGCAGUUUAUGGUAUUGUUUUUUCUAAAAACAAAUGCUGUUUAUACACACAAAAAAUAGCUAUUUUGAUAGGAUUUGCUCACAUAGUUCCUGCAUAAUUCAGAUGUACAAGAACCACUUGUACUUUUAUACAGAGUUGUAAUGUUUUAUAUGUGUAUGGUGCAAAGAGAAAAUUGGAUCAAAUAAGCCUGCAGUCGGUUUCCCUGAAUGCAAACAAAAAAAAAAAGUGCUUUAAGAAAGGGCUGGGAGCUGCUUCUGUCGGAGUUUCACAAGUGUUUGCUCCCUGCUGUACCCACUGCGCACUACUGUGAUUCCUGAAACUUAGAGCCAUGUCCUUUUCCAACACGUAUGUGAAGCAGUUGGCAGGAAACAGUUGUGGAACUUCACCCCUGGAGGUCCUGAGCGCUGCCGCAGCCUCAGCUCCCGCCCCGGGGCCGGGCGCUGUGCCCAAGCUCCCAUCCCGCCUGACGGUGGAGCCUUAACUCGGCGGAGAUCGGCACCUCCUCACCCAGAGAUCCUGGGAAUGGUGUGAGGGGCAGCGACGUGCCCGGAGCCCACCGAGAGCAGCCAUCUCCUGCGGCACCUCCCUGACUGACGGGCAGAGAGCGGGGCUGGGAACAUCCGCUCACCCUUUCUUGGAGCAUUUCUCCUCCCCUCUCCCACCUCACUGUGCUAAGUGCUGAAAAAGGCAGCUUCAGUAUUACUGCGGUGAAGCUCAUCUCGUACCUGCACUGGAUGGACUUGCUUCAAUAUCCAUUGCUGUUGAAACUGGAGCCAGUCGCGUGACAUCACUUGGCAUCUCGUAUAGAGUUGGGUUCUUGUAUCAACUGUGUUACCUGCUUUACACUUUAUAGACCCGUUUUACAAGGAGUAUACAGACACAGCUUUCUAUGCAUGGUCCCCUCCCCCGUAACACCUGAGAAGUCUUCUUACUGCACCAAUAGCUUUUUUUUUUCUCCUAAGUUCGUGGUGGUGUACAUUUAAUUUAAAAAGAAAAAAAUGUUUGCAAUGUAUCAUGCCUAUUGCUGAAGUUGCUAUGGCAUUUUAGUUUUCCAAUGGUACUUUAGUUGUUGAGUGCCGGUUACAACCUAUAUUGUUGACAUGCCUAUGGCUUCUUUAGGAAUAACUUUUAUAUUUAUUUAAGAAAUUUUAAAUUAUGUUUUACGUUAUUUGGCAAUAUUCAGUUAAUUCUGCUCCCUUCUUGUCAUGGAUGAAAUUGGGUCUUGCUUGCCUUUUAAGGAGGCGGCUUUUUAUAAAUUGGCACUUUAAAACAGGCCAUAUAUAUUUAUUAGUAUAUAGAUAGAUAUAACAUACAUGUGCACACGGACACAGGAUGAGAGCAAAUACAUUUUUGCAAUGAAGGAACUCCUAAUCGAAAUGAAAUGCUUCAUGUACAGCUGCGAAAGGCACUUCUGGCUCCCAGUUCAUCUGCCAGGGAGAGACAGGGCUGGGGGAGGGGUGGGGCACUGGCCCAGGGGGGGUGGGUUUGCUUUCUGCUUUUUCCCAAGCUGAACUCCAUAAGCACUGGAGUGCUGAUGAAUUUGCAGUCAUUACACAGACUAAAGAGAAAGAAAGUUACUGCUUCAAAUGGAGAACCAUUGACCAAGUGUAGCUUUAGGGACCAGGGGAAGGGAGGGUGGGGAGGAGGGGGCAGCUCCAGCUCCCACCCAGCCCUAGUUCCACAGCAGUCCUCAGCCCUUGCAGGAGAACCCACAGCCUUUCUGUCUCUGCAGUGCAAGUACCUAGGAACACAAUCCUGCACAAACCUGGAACAGCACCAGGCACACAGGGCAACUUGGAAGACACUUGCCUUACCAUGGUUAAAAACCGAUUUGCAGGACUCUGGAGCCACCUUUUUUUUGGGAUUACUUAAGUAUUUACACUGCACAAAUCCACCUGCUAGGCAAAAGCUCCCAUCAGUGCCCAGUGCACAGAGACCUGUGCUGUUAAGGGGAAGUCAGGUAAAGGUUUUGUACCCGAGAAAGCGGGAGCCGAGCUCUAAAUCCACUUUGCCACUUGGGCAGUGUCUGUGGCUCCUUGGUGCUGAAGCGCAUGUCCUGUGACAGAAUCCCUACAGGAAUCCCAUAGGACAAAAACGUGCUUGAGUUGUGGGACUCAGUAGAAGGCUGGGAAGGCUGGUGCAGGCCUGGGUUGGAAGGGCUGAGCUGUGGCUUUCUCCCUGCACCGUCACUGACUGUCUCUAGCUGGGCCUGUGUUGUCGUCCCAACAGCACCCACGCAGGGGAUUUCUCUGAGACCUACAACAGGGAUGGAGAUUGACAUUAACGUGCAAUGAAGUGACAAGAUGGGAGCAGAAUAAGAGAGCUUUGGAUUUGAAGUGAUUUUUUUUUUUGUUAAAUUAUUUAUUCCUUUUUUUUUCCUUCUGUAAAUAUAUUUAUUUUAUUGUGAAGCUAACAACAUCUGGAUUGUAACAUGUACAGAAUGUAUGGUAGGAAUGUAUCCUCUUGUAGGAAUGUAAAUCUGUAUGAAAAAGGGUAUGGGAGCCAGAUUCAGAAAGAAUGAAUUGAGUUCCAGUCAGGAUAUGCAUGGAUCGCAGGAUUAUUUUUUCCCUACACUCUUUUUCUAAUAUGUGUCUGGUUGUUUGAAAUAUGCAAAAAAAGGUAUGGAGGAGGGACAGGUUUAUGUUUAAAAUUACAUUCAAAAUUCCUAAUCAGGCUCCCACCCCCCACUGGUUUCUUGAGAGGGGCCUCCCUUGGCACGAUACUGGAAUCUGCCACUGAAGGCAGGAGCAAAUGCAAUCAUCUCCAUCAUGCUGGUCUGGGAAAGGGUUAGAAAGGAUGAUUUUUUUUCCCCCUUGUUUUUUAAACAUGCAUGGAAGGCCCAGCAGAAGUCUCUGGGGCUGGCCGCCCAUAGAAGGGGGUAGGAUGCUCCCUCCAGCCCCAGGAGCUGUGCCAGAGCCACGUCCUUGCCCGGAGUUGGGCCGGGCAGGACAUCCUGACUGCCCUGUACAGCCCAAACCCCUGGCUAUGUGUCCUGGGGCUCCACCAUCCCUCCGGAGCCCGGCGGGACCCCACCAGCCUGGGAGCAAAGGAAGGGGAACUUCCCUGCUGGAGAGAGCAGCUUGGUCCGUGCGGGCAUCCCUCCAGCGCCGCAGAACGCCGCCCGAAGCAAUCACUGGCAGGAGAAAUUCGGACCUUGUCAAAGGUAAUUCGGUUUUUCCUCAAUGCCAUGUGGUAAGAGCCUGGAGUAUUUAAAACUGAUAGUUUUGAAUCUGAAGUUUACAUUUUUGUUACCAUUAAAUGAGUAAAUCGCAAUGAGUCCUGUCUGACAAAUGGUUUAAUUCAUUCUGGCAUGUUUUGAACUUUUUGUUCUUGUUACAGGGUUUUUUUUUGUUUGAUUUUGUUCUUUUUUUUUCACCCCCCCACCUGUCAAUCAGGCUUCAGUAUCCUGCUUCUGUGCAAAUCGCUUUCAAUAUUCUAUUAAUUAAUGAGACUGAACAUUUUAAAAUAAAUUAGUUCUUUUUUAAGCACUUUUUUCUUUUUCUGAAAAUAAGCCUAAUGCAAGUUCUGGGACCUUUUUAAAAACACAAAUUGCAGAUAAAAUUCCAACCUCAACUCCUAUCUAGUUCUGAGUGUAUUCCAUACUAGUGCCUGCAAAGGCCAAGAUUCUGGAAAAGGUGUAAAUAGUGUGACAUGUUCAGUGCAUGGUUGUUUGAACAGGGCUUGUUAUUGUAAAAAAAUUAAACAAAUAAAAUUUAAAAAAAGGAAAAAAGUUUAAAAAAAAGAAAAAAGGCUGUAUUUCCCCUUCCCCUCCCACAGACCUUAGAGCUGUGCCUUUUCUAUGCAAUAUUACAGACAUCUGAAACCAGAUUACUGUAUUCACAUGUAGGUAUGGGCUGUAAUAAAAAAAACAAUUGGACAAAUGUACAUGGAAAUGAGCAGUCUUACUUUUGUAGUUUUAUAUUAUACAAUAAACAAUUAAAAUAAA